UUACUAGAUCCUCUCCUCCGUGUUAGUGGGGCUGCGCUCAAGAAGGGUUAGCUGGAUGGCUAGCUAAAGAUAAUCUAACGGAUUGUAGCUGUCGCCGGCUGCCUUGGAGCAAAGUACACGUUGGUUAUCAUCAUUGACCUAUGAUCACUUCAUCAAGGACUAUUUUGGCAUUUGGAUAAAUACGGUUCUUGAUUUGCAACCUAGGUAGCAAACUGAUGUUGCAUCGAUGGAAUUAUUCCAGUGCGCUGCCAUUGAUUGAGAUGCACCCGGGGACGCCAAACUGGAAUACAUGGAUGGCUAGCUAACGGUCUGCUAGCUAGCUAGCCUUAUGACCGGAGCUUGACCGAUGAACAUUGUGUAGUAUGUACUUCAUGGCUAGUAUGAGUCUCGUAGACAAGAUCAGUGUUAUAAGAUCUUGGCAACAUGUUAACUAAAUAGCUAGCUAGCUAGCUACAUGUGACUUGACAUUCAUCCAUCUUAAGGCAGCUAGCUAGCUAGCUUUCUCUGCUGCCUGGCUGAUACUAUUACUGUAUCAACCGGUAUUUCAGAAUAGGACUUGGAUGGUCAAAUUUGGGUGGCAAAUUAUGAUCCGAAGUUUAAAUGGAUCAGCAUUCAUGGUUACGAUUUAGACGACGUGAAAUGCCAAACGGUGUACCAGCCAGGGCGGAGUUUAGCAAAGGGGCCAUACAGACAGUGACCAGGCAGUGAGCAUCAGAAUGGCACAGCUUCUAGAAGACGCCCGCAAGCUGGGCUGGAUUCUCCUGAAAUCGUUGCUUCGCUUCGUUUUUAUGUUCAUCAACAACUGUGUCGCCAUCCCUUCCUAUUGCCUCUACCUAAUCCUUCUUCAACCUCUCAGAGUAAUGGAUAGUGGCACUUUCUGGCAAAUUGAAGGAAUUAUGUUCAGAUGGAUGUUGGCAAUGGUGUCGUCCUGGGGCUGGGUUGCCGGUUAUACAGUCAUGGAAUGGGGUGACGAUGUGAGGCCCAUCUCUGAAGAGGAAGCCAUGGUGAUAGUGAACCACCAGGCCACAGGAGAUGUUUGCACCCUCAUGAUGUGCCUGCAGGACAAGGGCACGGUCGUACGCAAGAUGAUGUGGUUGAUGGACCACGUGUUCAAAUACACCAACUUUGGCCUGGUGUCCCUGAUCCACGGAGACUUCUUCAUCAGACAGGGUAAAGCCCACCGGGACAAACAGCUGAUCUACUUGAAGGACCACCUAGACAGGUACUAUCACAGCCGGGACAGGAAGUGGAUUGUGCUGUUCCCGGAGGGUGGCUUCCUCCGCAAGCGGCGGGAAACCAGCCAGUCGUUCGCCAAGAAGAACUCCCUCCCCCACCUGUCCCACGUGACCCUGCCACGGCUGGGGGCCACGCAGGUCAUCCUGAAGACUCUGGGGCCCCAGCUGGAGAACGGCAACCUGGGGGCGGAGGCCGGGGCCCCCAGCCUGUCAGGUAGUAAACCCAGAGGCCUACAGUGGGUGGUGGAUGUGACUAUAGCCUACCCCAAAGCCAGGCCCAUGGACAUCCAGACCUGGAUCUUUGGCUACAGGCCUCCCACAGUCACGCAUGUGCACUACAGGUUGUACCCCAUCAAGGAGGUUCCUGUGGAGACAGAACCCCUCACAGACUGGCUGUAUCAGAGGUUUGUGGAGAAGGAGGAUCUGCUAGCCCACUUCUAUGAAACAGGAGCCUUCCCGCCACCCAAGGGUCAGAAGGAGGCUGUUUCCCGGGCGAUGACCCUUGACCCCAUGUGGCUGUGCAUCAUCCAAUCUCUCGCCUUUGCCUCGGGCUACAUGUGGUACAACGUUCUCCAGUACUUCUACUGCUGUCUGUUCUGAGUGCACUGGAGGAGGGAGGGUGAGGGGAGGUGCAGAAUCCCAGCAGACCCUCUGCUCUACACACCCCUCCUCUCCCCCUCCCUCUCCCACGAUGGAUGAAUGUACAUUUGCAAAAUGGAGGGACUGGGGUUUUUUAAAAGAGGAAGAAGAAGAAAACAAAACAAUGCAGAGGCGCCCACUACCCCUUGUUCCCUUUUCUCUCCCCUAUCCCGGAUACAUGAGUACACACAGACGCAGUUGAUCAGCACCAUACAUAUGAACAUAAUCAUGUUUACACAUUCUGCUAACGCAGCACGCUGAUACAGUACACUCGGUAAGAUACAGUAGAUACAGCAUCACCCCACACACACACACAUACACCAUAUUUAAUGUUUACACACUUUCAUAAGACACACACAUUACAUUGGUUUUUAAUUCUAAAAUGAGAAUGAGGCUCAGGACUACCCCAAGAGGUCAUUCUGGACUGGACUCUCCUGUAUCCUGGUUUAGUAGUGUUACUGUGUUUCGUAUGUGUGUGCACAGAUGUCUGAGUGUCAGCAUCAUGUCUCCCUCUUACUGCCCCUGUUGAACCCUUCCUCUCCCUCCAAGCCUGCUGAAACCCUCCAAGCCCCCUCCCCCCCAGAGAGAAGAGUUGUAUGUGUUGAAGAACUACACAGCCUAGCCCUCCUCUGGCUUUCAUUGCACUA